GCUGCUGGUCACACUGAUUCUCCUUCACCAGGGUUAUGCCUUGGUUCCAGCAGUCUCCGUUCAGCUUGGUGAACCUGUAACUUUUACUUGUGGUACUAUGGAAAACUUUCAGACCAGCACGUGGCUUCAAUGGUACAAGCAAAGUAAAGGAGAUACUCUGAAAUUAAUCGUAAUGCAGCCAAAAAAUGUUGAUCCCAGUUACGGACCAGAAUUUGCUACUUCAAGAUUCAGAGCAACAAAUGAUGGAAUAAUUAGAAAUCUAACAAUCCUGAGGACAAUUCAACAAGAUGAAGGAAUGUAUCACUGCGCUCUUAUAGGCUGGACUGAAUCUACAUGGACUGGGACUUAUUUGAUGGUAAAAGGAAACACAGAGGGGAUAUUAAACAGCACUAUUGUUCAGAAGUCAGUACUGUCAGAAUCCAGUUCACGGUCACUGGAAGUUGUCAUAUUUCUUCUGUGCACUGUCUUGGCUAUAAGCCUGACGGUUAUUGUUGUCCUUAUAUGCAUAAUCAUCAAAAAGAAAAGUGACUCCUGUCAAGAUGGUGUUGAGCUGCAUAAACACUGCAGUCAGGAAAGACUAAAGGGACAUGAGAGCAAAUGGAUCUACACUGCUGUCAUUUUCACUGUGAUGAAACAGGAGAGUGGACCAAUAAACUCAUCAGCUCAAAGAGAGAAGAUUUAUACUGCUAUAAAAGCCUUUGGGUUAUAGCUGCCAUGUAACAUGUGUUUCACAUGUAUUAAAUAAUGUCACAAUGUAAGACAGUAUGUACUGUUUUUUUGAAGAAAGUGUCUACGACUGUAAAUACAAUAUAUAUAAUUUAACAUUUCAUCAUGUACAAAUUAUAUGCCAGUGUCUUGCUGAUUUCAACUUUUCUUUAAUUUACUUUUGGAUUCAUUCAUAGUGUCACCAGACUGCUGGAUCCUUAAAGUAGGUCAUCAACAAGAUUCUUAAAUUUAACAAUCAAAGUUCAGAUCAAUUAGUUUUGGAUUAUUGAGUCAUGUUUGAUUGCAUAUGUUAUGUGAAACUUGAGGAACUGCAUUUUAAAUAUUGUGUUUGGUCAUUAAGCAGCAUAACAUACACAAAGAGAAUGUAUGUUAUGCUGUGAAAAUGUAUGUUUUUUGCAACAAUUUUAUUCUUCUACUGACAUUUUCUUCAUCUUUUGUUCCUCUGCUCACCAUUCCAUCAGAAAUCUGUUUCUCAAUACCCAAACAUACAUUUAGUAUUGUUAUUAGUUCCCUGUUAAGUUUAGUUUUCUAAGGUAUUUUGAAUUAUAAGUUGCUUGAAACAUGAAUUUCCCGAGCAGAUCCUUCAAUGACCAAUUAAAGCUAAUUGUUCAUCUGA